GUUGCAGGAAUGUUCAUUUCCUUUUGCAAUUAUUUUGAUGCCACAUUAAUCAAUGGUGCGCCCUACGAUUCAACAGGAAAUGACCACAAUGGUGGAAGCUACGCUGGCGUUCUGCCUGUACCAGAAGAAUCCGACGGUACGCCACAGAACUCCACACAGAACUCCAGUACUCAACCUUGCAUCUGGUCAGAAGGCGAAUCCAAGCUUCUUCUUGCCCUCUACUCUCGAUAUUUCCCAGAGAUUGGACCAUUUAAACGUUUUAAGACAAGAAAACACAUGUUUAUUAAAAUUGCUGAAGAGAUAAAUGAGAGGAUGAACUCCCACUACACUGCACAGCAAUGUGACACACGUUUCAAAACCCUCAAGAAAAGAAAAACCAAGGUUGUGGACAGCAAUGGAAAAAGUGGAGCAACACGGCAACACAUAGAGUUUGAAGAAGAGUUCAAUCUCAUCAGGGCAGCCGAUGACAGUGUGGAGCCGGAAGUGAUGAUGGGCGUUUCUCAGGCCGUAUACAAACAAACGACUCUACAUGCACCAGCCUCCUCCACAGAAAAUCCUAGACCAUCAACAUCAGCAGAAUGUACCACCCUAAAAAAGCCACCCUGUCCACGGCAGAACCCUGAGCGCAUGCGGCAUAUGGAACACUUUUUUUCAAAAAUGGAGGAUCUCAGAAAAAAAAAAGAUGAAGCACGUGCCUGCAAGGAGGAAAGACGCGAAGAAAGACGUGUGGAGCGCGAUCAGCGUAGAGAAGAGCGGGAAAAGAAGAGAGAGGAUCGUGCAAAACAGCGUCAAGAGCGGCACCAAAAUCUUCUUGGCAUGCUGGAGCGAGUGCUGGACACCAUGAACACUGCAAAGUGAUUAAUUUUAUCUAAAUGUUUCUCUAGCCCAUUACACUUGAUUAUUCACGUUUUGUACAUACCCUAGUUUUCUACAUACUCCAGAGCAUCAUUUGUUAUAUAUAUACUCAAGAUUAUACAUGUUGAUUGAGCAAUUAAUAAAAACGUUUUGGUUUCAACACAAUUUCAUGCCUUAAAUGAUAUUAGAAGGUAACAUUCAUGACAGAGUAAGUUACCCAUGUACAGUUGUUUCCAAGGAAAAAUAUUUAGUGUUCUUUUCACCGCAAAAAAUAAACUGCGUCACCGAACAAUUGGUCUCUGCUCGAUGUCGAAACGGAGGUUGCUGUUAUCUGUUAAAGUUAUGUCAUUUUUUUGCUAAUUUUAGAUGUGAAAAUGGAGUUUGCUUUAGGUAGCCGACACCCCUUAUUACCAUGUAUUCGUGGGCCUCAUACCGACCCCCCCUCCCCCUUAUACUCCUUUUUCUCAAUGAAAAUUUCAGAAAACUGCUGAUAACUUUAAUAGCGACGGCAAAGUCUGAAACUUUGGCAACUUUUCCGGACCGCAGCACCAUAUUUGCGUGAAGAGUGAGCAUUGAUGAGAAACACAGAGUUAGUUUGUCGGUGAAAAAAACACGGUAAACGUUUUUCCCCAAUGCCUGGCACUUGCAUAGUUAGG